AUGAAUCCAUAUAUGACAGACCCAGAAGAGAUACCAACCUCCGACCUAUACGCGGAUCUGCCGCUCUAUGGUCGCUACUUUCCCAAACCGGAGGACUUUGGCAUUGAUAUCCAGCAUGUCAGAUCCCACUCUGCGGACUCAUUGAAAUACUGGGCUUCAGUGGUUGAUCUUUGCAAUGAAUCUAUUAGAAUCUACCCGGCUGAUGAGGGUGGUCGCGAUGUGUUUGCCCUUGGCAGCAUCAUUAUCAAGUCGAGCCAUCUGCAUACGCGAAGCUAUGCCGAGAUCGACUACUCAUAUGCGGAUGCCAAUGAAGUCGAGGCUAUUGCUGUUGCGAAAAAUGUUUUAGAAGGUGUCAAAGUACCCGAGAUUUACUUUGCCGGCAAGAUAAACGGUCGCCAGGUGUUGAUCCAGGAAAGGCUCCCAGGCGUUGCAUUGGCCGUGGCAUGGCCGUAUUUGUCGCAAGACCAAAAACAGUCCUUCAAACAGCAAGCACGAGGAAUCCUUCGACAGCUGCAAUCAGUGAAGCCCACCAAUUCCCAGGUCCGCGCCCACAUCGUAUCUGAUCCAAACAUUCAGAACAAUGGCCGUAUCCAACCCUUGGAGUACAAUAUCCUGUUUUCGGGUGCCAAUACCGACCCAGACCUGAGCUUCAUGCACAACGAUCUUACCGAGUCCAACUUGAUAGUUGACAACGACAAGAUCGUGGGGCUCAUUGAUUGGGAGAUGGCUGGCUUCUUUGGCCUGAGAACGGCCGGGGAAGUCCACCGUAGGGUCAGGCCACAUGAAUCUGUGUUUUGGAAAAGUUUGUAUGAGGAUGAUAUGGUGGUUUAUGAAUAG